AUGCAUUCAGUCGGGGGGGGUGGGGUCAGGUGGUUCUCUAACUCCCCCCUCUCCCCCUCUCCUCUCCCACAGGCCUCCUCUGAGCAGAAGCAGCUGAGCCAUGCUGGAUCCUCGCCCUCCUCCCUGUGUGAGAGCAGCGGACGCCCUCAGAUAGCCAUGAACACCUGUAAGUACAAUGGCGGAGUCGUCCGGCCACUAGGGGGCAGUCUGGCGUCGUCGUCGCGGAGGAACCUGGCCGACCUGGACUCGGAGACGCAGCCGCUGCAGACGCUGCACAGCUCUGGGCUGGAGGUGGUGGUCUCCAAGGGCAACGGCGAGGACCCCAGCAAGGCGUCCAACGAGAGCCUGGUCCGGGAGGGCAGCCGCAGCGGGGGCCGAGCGCCGCAGAAGAAGAACAAAGACAUCGGCUACAAGCUCGGCCACAGGAGGGCGCUGUUCGAGAAGAGGAAGCGGCUCAGCGACUACGCUCUCAUCUUUGGGAUGUUUGGGAUCGUCGUCAUGGUGACGGAGACAGAACUGUCCUGGGGGGUUUACACCAAGGUGGGUCCGCUUCACUUUACACAAGAACACCAAAGAUGGAUAAAGCUGUGA